GAAGUCGUCAUGACGCAUUUACGGCACGUAGUUCCUAUGCGGAAGUGGUCGUCAUCGUAGAAGCUAUGAGUUGGAGGCUGUGAAAUAUGAGAAAACAAGCGUAGCUUUAGGACUAAUAGCCUAUUCUUCCACGGUCUGAAUGGGAAAAGGCGGUUUCCGUUAAGAGUGAGUUCGUCUUAGAGAAUUUUGAAUUGGCUCGCUGCUUUUUAUUUAUUUUAUUUUUGAGCAUUUAGCAGUUAAUUCAUUGCAUGGGUCGUGAGCCCGGUUGGCAGUUGACGGAGAAACCCACCUCUGACUGCUGCUCAUGAAAUGUAAUAUUGCACAAAAAUGUGACUAAAAUAGAACGCUUACGACAGUCGACUGCUUUUUAAACGUACUAAUACGCUUUUUUGGCUAUUAACCACGUGAACAUACUUUAAUGACGUAAUUUCUGAUCGUUUGGAAGGCAGAAAAUGUCGUGGAUAAGGGAAGGUGAAUUAAAUCUGCUUGAAAAGAUUGCUUCCAAUGUCCUAAAGGCAGGACCCAUGCCUAAACAUGUGGCCUUUAUCAUGGAUGGAAAUCGCCGCUUUGCACGUAAGAAAAACAUGGAGCGCCAGGAAGGACACAUGCAGGGUUUUAACAAGCUGGCAGAGACACUGCGUUGGUGCAAGCAGCUGAAUAUCCCCGAGGUGACGGUCUAUGCUUUCAGCAUUGAGAACUUCAAGCGCUCUAAAGAAGAGGUGGAUGGACUGCUGGACUUGGCCAGACAGAAAUUUGAGAGGUUGCUGGACGAACGGGAGAAUCUGGAGAAACAUGGCGUCUGUAUCCGGGUGCUGGGUGACUUGAACAUGCUGCCACUUGAUCUUCAGCAGCUUAUUGCCAAAGCUGUUUUAACGACUAGAACUAAUAACAAAUGCUUUCUCAACGUGUGCUUUGCCUACACGUCGAGAUAUGAAAUCACCAACGCCGUCAGGGAAAUGGCCUGGGGGGUGGAGCAGGGCCUGAUCAAGGCAAGCGAUGUUUCCGAGGCGUUGCUCAGCGAGUGCCUGUACAGCAAUAACUCUCCUAAUCCUGAUCUCCUGAUCCGGACCUCAGGAGAGGUGCGCCUCAGUGACUUCCUCCUGUGGCAGACGUCCCACUCCUGUCUGGUGUUCCAGUCGGUUCUGUGGCCCGAGUACUCCUUCUGGAACCUGUGUGAAGCCAUUCUGCAGUAUCAGUUAAACCACAAAUCCAUCCAGAAAGCCAGAGACCUCCAUCGAGAGGAACAAGCACUACAGCAGCUAGAGGCCGACCGCGCCUGUGUGGCAGACCUCCUGCAGCAUCAGGGGAACGGGAAGCCAGCUGACGCCAAGAGAAGACAAGAAGCACUGCAGCGCUACUCUGUCUCUCGGGAAGCACGAGUCCAGGACUUCCUGCAAGCACUGAAGCAGAAGAGAAACAAUUUCUUUUUCGACUUAUACAGCGAAGCGGUCUCAGCCUAGGAAAGCUUGAAUUAACUAAUCAUAGAGGAGGAAAGCUCUCCGGUCUUCUCUUCACAAAGGGCUUCUGUGGAGAAUGGAGGAGCGACUGGCAGUGGUUUUCAUUUUGAUUUGUUUAAAAGCAGAGAGGACAAACGUUUACCCCUAUGGGGCUGUAGAGUAACUGUGAUAUUUAUGAUUGUAGAUUAACAAAGUCUAAAAUGUAGGAAUGUCUGGUCAAGAUGUAGCUUUAUAGAUGUUUAAAGUGUCUGUCAAAUGCAUGCCAUGGAGUUUGAACGGUUGGAAUCUGUGAUGUGUUUUGGAGAAGCUUCCCACAUGGUGAUACAGAGCGGUUUCAUGUUUUUGCUGCUGCUGAAAGUGCUGUUUGUUUGUUUGUUUGAGUGUGAUUUCUCCUUUUGUUUAAACACAGCUAUAUUUUGACCAGCUUUCUCAAGCAGAAUAAAGCAACAACUGUAUAUGAGAUUUAAUGAAAUAUGUGAUUUACUCUUUACUGAUGAGACAUUUAAUGUUUUUAUAAAAAUUUAUGAAAGCUG